AGACGAUUGCGCGGGGGGGUGGUGUUGUGGGAGGGUUGGUGCGCCAUGGUGGAGUUGCUGGCGUCUGCGGAGCUGGGAAGGGGAUUCCCCGGGCCAGCAACAACACCUCCGCGGACCGCCUCAACCAGCUUUCAGAGCGUGGUGUUUUCCGGAUACAGUACAAGGCGACGGCAGGCGCGAGGAGACAGACGGCAGGCGCCAUCGGCCCGGGCGUUCCUGCAGCUUCCAGCGUAGGCGAGGCGUCCCGACCGCUAAUUCACAUCCUCCGUCAACCUCCAACGCCAUCCGCCCUCGUUUAUUGAUAGCCGCCUGGAAGCGUGCGCCUUCACGGCCAUGUUCAAUUUCAGCAACACGCUUCUUGCCGGCCAACAUGACUGCGACAAGGAGAGGCCGCCGCCUUCACGUCCAGUCCCCAUCACUUUUCCAUCAUUGACGCCUCCGGCGCCAUCAAUACCGGAUCCCCCGCCUGCUUGGUCCAGCGGACCGUCUCGAGGGAUUGCAGCACACUUUCUGAAUCUCAGGAAGCCAUCUGAUGUCAGCACGGACACGCUGGCACUCUUGAAUGUAUCGUUUCAACCCGAGUGCGACUUCGAAACACUUUUCUCAUCCCUGCCAAACGACGCGCAAUCGCAUCUACCACCCAAGUCUUGGUUGGAAACACCAGUCCAAAGCGAACCUCAAACCUCCGUACCGACAGUCCGCCUCCUCAGCAACGGAAGAAGGCUCCCAGACCGUAAUGAGUUCUAUGUCCGCGCAAAGGAGCUGUUUUUCAAGAAUGAGGAUGCCUUUGCCCACCUCACCCGCAAAGCGAACGGCCCCCAGGUGCCACUGCGAUUGGCCCACUUUCGCAAAUUCUGGGAAGGGCUCGACAACCUGGCCUACUACUGGGACAACUCGCUAGAUGAAUAUCUACCGCCGAAAACAGGAACCGCCAACGAUGAGGGCGCCGAUGAUAAGCUGCCAAACUUCGCUCCACGGAUGACUGAUGGUAAGGAUCAAGCCACGGACACGAACUCAGAACCUGAGGCUAUAUCCGCUACCCAAUCCCACGCUAUCUCUCCAAGCGUCGAGGAACCGCGCAAGAAAGCGAAAACACGGCCGGCUAGUAAUGAAACAGUUGCCCUCUCAGCGGACUCGGUGGGGCCAGCUAGCCGAACGGCGCCCCCUCGGCCAUCUUCGAUAUCGUCAAGCAGGGAGCUACCGGCGAGAUCCGCGCCGAUGAAGGUCCCAAACAUGGAGCCUCAGUCACAGCGAGCGCUUGAUCUCUCCAAAGGGUCAUACAAGGGCUAUCGCAUCGGCAACGGCGCCGAGAUGCCCGAUCAAUACCGGCUUGAAUGUGUCCGUUCAUUCCUGGAGCCAAUAGCUUGGGCGUUUGGCGUGACUCUCGUGCCUCAUCGACGUCCUCCGGUGCUUUUGCUUGAGCAUGUGCGCUUUCCGGUGCGCGUGAACUCAGUCGCGUGGCGAGGUCCGCAAGAUAGAGCGAGGGCACGGCAAGGCUGGAUGGAGGGCCCCGUUCUAGGUGUGCAAUGCAGACCGGAUAUCAAUUUCGGUUCUACUGGCAAUCUGCAAGCAGAAUCUGUCCUUGAUGCCGUCCGAGAGCUUGGUGGAAUGCUCUUGUUAGCUCAGGAAAGAGCACGCGAAGGAAAAACCGAAAGGAGGGGUGGCGAAGGGAAGUGGUGGACCAACAAGGUUCGCUGGGGUGGUGGGCCUGGCGGCGAAGUGGGUGAAGCUACAGGUCCCGGUGAUGCACCAGUCGAAAGCACGCCGCAAGCAGAAGAAAGAUCUAGCGGAAGACUUCGACUCGGUUCCAAGGAUCGGCGGCGACCGACACCCGCAGAGAUUUGGAAAGUCCUUAAGCCUGGAAACCCACUCUGGGAUCCCAAAGUUGCGUAUGAGGCCAUCGGUAAAGAUCGAACCGUCGAGUGGGAUGAUAUCUUCAUGGUGUCAUCACUAAAUCAUCAUAUCAGCGUGCUGAAGCUUCGUGUACACCCGCUCUAUCUCCGGUAUCUCACGGAGGGUAUCCUACCAGAAAGCACACCAUCCGAUCCCACCUGGUGUUCUCCUCAGCUUCACAGGACUCGUUGGUACGAUCUAUUUAGUAUCGAAGAUCGAACGGAAGCUAUGCGAGGACUAUGGGGCAUCAUGGCCUAUCUAAUGCGGACGCAAGAGAAGCCCGAUGUUGCAAUGAAAGAGGGUUAAUCCUUUUCUUCCGCUGUUUGACUUGUCUGACGAGUCAUAUGGGCAGACCGGUUUUGACGGAAGACAAACCUUCAUUUUAGCAUUGGAUGUCUAUAUCAGAAAAGUACUUAUCUUUGCCGUCGACCACAUGGAUGACUCAGUAUCCAUGUGAAUAGGAACUCCCCGGAAUCAUUGGCCCUAUCGACCAACAGCGCUCGCAAAUGUAGCAACAUAACGGUGUUGCCUUGCUUGUGGAGCAGAACCAGCCGGUUCGUGCAUUACACGGCUCAAAAUCCUCAAAAGCAUUUCAAGCUGUUGCCCAGAUCCUUUGUGGCACCAUGUGGGAAGCAGUCUAACUGUUCCCAAAUUAGGCCGGACAUUGACAGUAGUAACAGAUUCGAGAAAGCGGAGGCGAUAUUGGCGAUGCGAUUUAGAGCGCUUGCUCGAUCAUACGAGUGGGGGUUGCUUGUUGAGG